AGAAGGUGCCGAGGGAACACCAGCCACCAACCAGGGUAUCGCCUCGGAGAGAGACAAGACUAAUGACGCAACGGGUUUACUCAAUGCAGCUCAAUAUUGUGAGGGACAGGAUAAUACUUGCAGGAUUUCCCACGUUUCCUAUGACCAAAAGCGGGCUGAGGACUCUGAAACUGACAGAUAUAACGUGACAGACACAGACCCUCUUCCCGAGUUCAGGAAAUAAGCUUCUCCGGACAGCAGGGCAGCAACCGAUGCAAACUUUUCUGAUGGCAUACAUUAUAUUACUUUUCCUACCUUGUGUUUUCAGUGCACGGGCGCGAAUAUUAGUCCCUGGAUAUGAAUCAAAAGAGCCAUGGAGGGAGAGCCGGAAAGUUCUUACUACAACAGGCAAAGAAUGUAAAUUCCCAUUUCGUCAGGGUGGAAGGAUUCACCAUCACUGCAUCACCAUUAUGUCCUCAAGACCGUGGUGCUCUCUUACUCAUAACUUUGAUCGGGACUGGCAGUGGGGCUUCUGUGCGCCGGAGAAAACUCAACCAGAUGUUUUCGUCCACACGUCUCGCAGAAUCAUGGAUCCAUGUCAGGUGAACCCGUGUCAGAAUGGGGGCGUCUGCACGCUGAUCCCACACAGACGCACAUUUGAGUGCUCCUGUCCCGAGGGCUUCUCUGGGAGACUUUGUGUGCAGAAGAAGUGCUAUGAAACCAUACACCUGCGCUAUUAUGACAUCGGAGAGUCUUGGGGACGAAUUCACCUCCGCAACGUGGAACAGUGCACAUGUGUGGCAGGGGAAAUCAAGUGUGAAAGAGUCCGCUACACAAUGUGCCGCAGGAACCCUUGUCACAACGAGGGAACAUGUCGAAGGAUCGUGACCACCGGCAAGGAGGUGUGCAACUGCAGGCGUGGCUACAGCGGACCGUACUGUAGCUUUGAGCCGGAGACAGAGUGCUAUAACAGCAGGGGCAAGAGUUACCGAGGGCUGGUGGACACCACGGUGUCUGGCGCCCGGUGUCUGCCGUGGAACUCAGACCUGCUGCAUGACGAGCUCCAUGUCGGCACGGUGGUUGCAUCGCCCCUCAGGGGCCUCGGGGAGCAUGCCUACUGCAGAAACCCAGAUGGGGACAAGAUGCCGUGGUGCUACACACUAAAUGACGGUGCCAUCUCCUGGGAGUACUGUGACAUCCCCUCCUGUGUGAUGCCUGUGUUUUCUUCUCGAAGGAUCAUCCCAUUUGAAGUCCUGCCCGCCAUUAAAAAACCUAACCCCCGCAAGCCAGCAAAAAAGCCUGUGUGUGGGAAAAAGCACAAGAAGAGGUUGUCGAUAGCUAGAGGGAGGAUAAUGGGUGGAAGCUCAGUUCUGCCAGGUACUCACCCCUGGAUGGCAGCAAUUUACAGUGAGCAGUCAGACUUCUGCGCCGGCACCCUCGUCUCCUCUUGCUGGGUCGUCUCUGCAGCACACUGCUUCUUCCGCAACCCACUGAAGUCUCAGAUUCGUGUGGUGCUCGGCCAGCAGAGGUUUAACGUAACCGAUCCCAACACCAGGACGUUCGGAGUGGAGAAGUACAUCUUUCCAAAACAGUUCUCAGUGUUUAAUCCAACACUACAUGACAUUGUUCUGAUCAAACUGAAGAAGCAGGACGGACGCUGUGUGAGGAGAACCCCGUUCAUCCAACCCAUCUGUCUCCCAGACAAAAGCAUGACGUUCCCCGAUGACUACUGUUGUACUAUCAGCGGCUGGGGACACAUUCAUGAGAAGGCAAAUGCGUACUCCAGUCUGCAGGAGGCUGGAGUGAGACUGAUUUCUCAUGACACUUGUAGGAAGCCUGAAGUCUACGGCAACCAUGUCACUGCCGACAUGAUUUGUGCAGGGCUCAACGGCUGUGUCGACGCAUGCCAGGGUGACUCCGGGGGCCCUCUGGCCUGUGCUAGGAAUGAUGUCAGCUUCCUGUAUGGGAUCAUCAGCUGGGGAGAGGGCUGCGGCCGCUCUGGAAAGCCUGGUGUUUACACUAAAGUAGUGAACUAUAUCGACUGGAUCAAUUCAGUGAUCAGACGUAAACCCAAGCCUUCAUGAAUGGAAAUGACCUGGACAUUGGCUUUAAUAUGAAAUAUUGUACUGUAUUAUAUUAUAUGUUUUUUUAUUGUAAUACUUGUGGAAGUAUAUAGAUUAUCUUUUUUAACUGUGAACCUUUUCGUAACUGAAUAAACCUUUAUUGACUU